GUCCUGUCCCGUCCCGCUGCCGCUGCCCGCUCCGGUACCGGCUCCGCUGCGCUCCCCGCCAUGAGCAGCUCCCAGUUCAACAAGGGCCCCUCCUACGGCCUCUCCGCCGAAGUCAAGAACCGGGGGCAGAGGCAGGGGCCGACCCUCAGCAUCCCCCUCGCUGUCCCCUCCCAGCUGGCCCAGAAGUACGACCCACAGAAGGAGGCUGAGCUGCGGACAUGGAUCGAGAGCGUCACGGGGCAGCAGAUCGGGCCUGACUUCCAGAAGGGGCUGAAGGACGGGGUGAUCCUCUGCGAGCUCAUGAACAAGCUGCAGCCCAAUGCAGUGCGGAAGAUCAACCGCUCAGCUCAGAACUGGCACCAGCUCGAGAACCUCUCCAACUUCAUCAAGGCCAUGGCCAGCUACGGCAUGAACCCCGUGGAUCUCUUUGAAGCCAACGACCUCUUUGAGAGUGGGAACCUGACGCAGGUUCAGGUGUCGCUGCUGGCACUGGCAGGCAUGGCCAAGACAAAGGGGAUACAGAGCGGGGUGGACAUCGGUGUGAAGUACUCGGAGAAGCAGCAGAGGAACUUUGACGAGGCCAAGAUGAAGGCCGGGCAAUGCGUGAUCGGGCUGCAGAUGGGCACCAACAAGUGUGCCAGCCAGUCCGGCAUGACAGCCUAUGGCACCAGGAGGCAUCUCUAUGACCCCAAGAAUCAUAUCCUGCCACCCAUGGACCACUCCACCAUCAGCCUCCAGAUGGGCACCAACAAGUGUGCUAGCCAGGUGGGCAUGACGGCUCCCGGCACCAGGAGACACAUCUAUGACUCCAAGAUGGGGACGGAGAAGUGCGACAACUCCUCCAUGUCGCUGCAGAUGGGCUCCAACCAGGGUGCCAACCAGAGCGGUCAGGUCUUUGGCCUCGGCCGCCAGAUCUACGACCCCAAGUACUGCCCACAGGGCAGCCAGGGCGAGGUGGCCAACGCCGCAGGCGACCUGAGCGGGGACCCCCCCGGGUACCACUACUACCGCGAGGAGGAGGAGAGCUACUGAGCGAGCCGUGGCCCAGCUGCACCUCGCACCAUCUCAUGGACAGACCCUGCGACAUUCCAGCCUCUACUUCCGUCAUUCCCUCUGUUUUAACUUGAAAAUUAAUCUAUUUUUUCUGAGCAAGGAAAUAAAGACCCUGUUUCUAGAGAA